AUGAGUCUUGCAUGGACUGAUGAGCAAACUCGGUUCUACCUCCAACUGAGAGUUGAGGAGAAGCUGAAAGGGAAUGACCGAAACGGAACUGUCAAUGAUACUGGGAGACGGUGUAUCAUUGACAAAUUUUAUGAAGCUUAUGGGGAAAGGCACGUUUGGAAAAAAUUUGGGAUCAAGCACACCACUUGCAAGACUCAGUAUACUAAAUACAAGCGACUGAUUAACAAGAGAACUGGCCUUGGUUUUGAUGGAAAUGGGUUCAUAGACAUGUCGGAUGACUGGUGGAAUGAACUUUGUAAGGUACAAUCAGCUGAUACUGAUAGGCAAUUAGUCAGGACAAACCGAGGUGAAGGUUGGCGACGUGGCGGAUUCUAGACAGAAAACAUCCCAAGUACGAGCUGAAGAAAUGGAUAAAGAUUGUGACAGCAACAAUGGCCCUCCAUAACUUCAUUCGAGAUUCACGUUGGGAAGAUAGUGACUUUACACAUCGGGAAGGAGUGGAAUCAUAUGAACCACAUGGUGAUGAUCACAAUGUUCGAUACAUUCCGCAAGGUGAUAGAGUGAUGGAGAGUGUGCGUCACUGUAUUACUAUGGAGAUGGCAAGAGGAACUAGACUUCCAUACUAGCAUCAUACAGGUUAGAAGAAUCGCAAUUGGCAAGCUAGAGAACUCAGGUAGUGGAGUGUGGGAGUGUGGGAUAAACAUAUUGCUUGGAGUGUGGGAGCUUGUGUUUGGUCUAAAGACAAUGAAAUAUCAUUUCAGUUUUAAAUUUCAGGUUGUGAUCAAAUACUUGUUACUUGGAUUGCAAACCAUCUUUUAAAUUUCAGUUUUAUAAAAUCUGAGUUUCUAUUUUGUGUUUCUACUUUGAAUUGUUUAGACAUUUAUUCAAAUUUAAGUUC